AUGGCCUUAUUUGAAGAGAUGCUAGACAAGGACAAGGGCAAGUGGAUCGUGUGGUUCAAUGGAGCGUCUAACGCUUCUGGCCAUGGCAUUGGGGCAACAUUGGUCUCUCCGUACAAUCAAUGCAUACCUUUCACGGCCAGACUUGGUUUUGACUGCACCAACAACAUGGCUGAAUAUGAAGCAUGCGCCCUGGGUGUCCAGGCAACAAUUGAUUUCAACGUCAAGCUACUCAAGGUGUACGGAGACUCGGUGCUGGUGAUUCACCAGCUGAGAGGAGAGUGGGAAACUAGGGAUCACAAGUUAAUACCCUACUAG